AUGGAGACCAUUUUGGAAACUCAGCGACGUCUGCAUGAAGAACGAGAUCGCCUGAUUGAUAGUAUGACCAAAGAAUAUCUUCAUGAACGCAAAUCUCAUAAAGAGAAAGUAAAUGGUGAUCACCGCGUACGACGUCUUGUUGAUCGAUAUCAUGAAAUUACGAAAAAAUUGCGCCUGAUAUAUGAAGAUGAUGAUAUGUCACGCAAAUUGGAAUUACGUGCUAUUGCUGGUCCAAAUGAGUUUGCGGAGUUUUACUCACGUCUAAAAUCGUUAAAAGAUGCACACAGAAGAAAUCCAGAUGAGAUUGCCAUACCGUUAAGUUUGGAAUUUCAAAAGAUGAAUGAAGCUAUCGAAAAUAUAGAAUUAGCUGAAAAAGAUGUGAUCGAGUUUACCGACGAAGAAGGCUAUGGAAGAUUUCUGGAUUUACAUACUCUUUACGACAAAUAUAUUAACAUCAAAGGAGUAAAGAGAAUGGAUUAUCUGGCAUUCUUGAGCAACUUUGAUCGUUUUGUUGAUAUUCCAAUGAGCUCAAAGAAAACUGGCAGCUACCGUGAAUACCUUGGCUCUCUGAAAGAAUAUCUUAUUACUUUUCUCGCAAGGACUCGACCUCUGCUUAAUGUGGAUGAUGAAUUUGAGAAAACUGACGCUGAAUUUGAUAAGAAAUGGGAGGAAGGAACAGUCUCAGGAUGGAGUCGAGAUCAGCAUAGUGCGUUGGCGCAUUCUGGCGCUUACUUGGAUCUUUCAUCAUUCGAAACAGCUACAGAUUUAGAAGCACUUGGACUUGAUCGUCUGAAAUCUGCGCUUGUUGCGCUUGGUUUAAAAUGUGGCGGUACGCUGAAGGAAAGGGCAGAACGACUAUUUGCAACUAGAGGACAUAAAUUGAGUGAAAUGGAGAAGACGGCAUUAGCAAAACGUCAGGAUAUGGAUCAGAAAGAACAGUUCAAAUUGCACCAAAUAGCACGACUGGAAGCAUACAUUCAACGAUUAUCAUCUCUAUUGAACGAUGAACGAGAAGCUAGCAAAGAAAAUGUCGAAAGAAAGCAAGCACGAGGUAUCGGUGAAAAUGUGGAAGAAGAGGAAGACAUAAACGAUAUGUCCGAUGAUGAUGAGGAUGAUAGCAUUCCAUAUAAUCCAAAAAAUUUACCGUUGGGAUGGGAUGGUAAACCAAUUCCAUAUUGGUUGUACAAGUUGCAUGGCCUCAACAUAUCGUUCCCAUGUGAAAUUUGCGGCAAUCAAGUUUACAAAGGACCGAAGGCAUUUCAACGACACUUUAAUGAGUGGCGUCAUUCGCAUGGCAUGCGUUGUCUUGGAAUCCCGAAUACGGCACAUUUUGCCAAUAUUACGAAAAUUUCUGAUGCUGUCGAACUUUGGGGAAAAAUACGACGACAAAAAGAAUCGUUGAAGUGGAAUCCUGAACAUGAUGAAGAAUUUGAGGAUUCCGCAGGGAAUGUCGUCAAUAAGCGAACAUUCGAAGAUCUUAAAAGACAAGGACUUUUGUGA